GCAGUUUUGGUAUUUUUGGGAGGGUGUCUUCGGAGCAUUUUCCAAACUUGUAUCCCAGGAUAAGUCAAGUUAUUUCUGAAAAGGAGGAUAAGGAUAGGAUAGGCCUAUGUCAGAAUUUGCGACGCCUACUGUAGAAUAGGCAGCUGGCCAACUCACCAGUUUGCUCCUUCCCAAAAUCCUCGAGUUCAGGAGAGAGCAGCUGUAAAGUAAGACUGCGUCAGCAGAGGCCUUUUUUGGUCUGGCGUUUGUCCAGAGCUCUCAUUACAAAAAUAAAUAUUUUGACUGAUUUGACUUGCAUGUGAUAAAAUGCACAUAUCCGCGGUAGAAAUUUAGUUAUCCGCUUUCAGCUAUUUUCCUGCGCUUCUGCUCAGUAUUGCGGAGUCUACCAGAAGCGGGGAAAGAAGGGAGGAACACGUCAUUGGAGAUGCCGAGCAAUGAUCUUAAACAAAGAAAGAAAACUACAACACAAGUGAAAGACGAUGAAAAAACCGACGACACUUCAAAGCCGAAAGGCGAGGAAGAGGAAGCGAAGAAAGUGGACGUAACGGAACGAAAGAGAUCAGCCCUGGAUGUCCGGACGUUAGCCUGUCUGCUGUCUGUAGUAUUGUGUCUAGUGCUCUCCUGGAUCGUGCUGCAGCAGAACGCAAGGUUUGCUGACGUUGAGGAAAAAUACAAACUUCUGUACCGAAAGACGGUCAUGAUCAAAGACCUGGAGGAUGAAAUCGGCGAAGUCUCCAGGAAGCUGGACUCGUCCGAAACCGACCUGCAGGGGGCGAUCUCCUCCAUGUCCCUGGUGACCAAGCUGGAGGAGGACGUCUCCGGCCUGCGGGCGGUCAUCACGGCAACGCAGGAGGGCGAGCGCUCGGCCUCGUUCGACAUCCAGCGCGUCAACCAGCGCUUCCUGAACGUGACGGAGGCGUGGCAGGGCGGCCUGGAGGCCGCGACGCGCGACAUCGGGGGCCUGCGGGUGGAGUCGCGCGCCGCCCACGGCCGGGUGACGGAGAAGGUGAACGAGGCGGAGGGGCUGCUGCGGGCGCUGGCCGAGCGGCUGGAGGAGCUGGAGGAGAGCACGCGGAGGAACGCCCGGGCGCUGGAGCGCACCGAGGAGGACGACGCCGGCCGCGUCCGCGAGCAGCUGGACUGGAACACGCGGCAGAUCCACCGGCUGGAGGAGCGGCAGGUCGCCCUGUCGCGCCGCGGCGCCGAGCUCGCCGACAAGCUGGCCGAGCACGUGCCGCGCGGCGAGCGCUGCCAGGAGCAGCUGCCCGCCGUGGAGGACGCCGUGCGCUCCAUCCUGCGGCUGACGGCCGAGCUCGGCGCCGCCCAGCGGCGGGUGGAGGAGCUGACGCUGCAGGUGUUCGGCGUGGAGGACAGCGCGCUCAGGGCCGUGACCGAGAUCCUGGACAUCCGGCGGGCGCUGGACGCCCUGCAGGCCGACAACAGCAUACUGAAGAUGAGGAACGACCUCGGCGUCGUCAAGGAGACGGUGAUGGACCUCUACAGGGCCAGGAGGGAGCUGGAAGACCUGGAGCUUCUAAGCAGGCAGGGGGAGCUGGAGGACCUGGAGAUUCUGAGUAGGCAGGUGGCAUUAGAGGACCUGGAAUCUCCAAGCAGGCAGAGGGCGAUGGAUGACCUGGAGCCUCCAAGCAGGCAGGGGGAGCUAGAGGACCCGGAGCCUCCAAGCAAGCAGGGGGAGCUGGAGGACCCGGAGCCUCUGAGCAGGCAGGGGGAGCUGGAGGACCUGGAGCCUCCAAGCAGGCAGGGGGCGCCGGAGGACCUGGAGCCUCCGAGCAGGCAGGGGGCGCCAGAGGACCUGGAGCCUCCGAUCAGGCAGGAGGUGCCAGAGGACCUGGAGCCUCCAACCAGGCAGGGGGAGCCAGAGGACCUGGAGCCUCCAACCGGGCAGGAGGUGCCAGAGGAGGGCAAGCAUGGUGAACACCCUGAAUAUAAUGGACCUGUUGAGCUGGGAGAUUUUGAGAACAUCCAGACCCUGCUGGAGAGGGUGGAGGGCCGGGCGGUGCUGUCCCACGUGCGGGCACUGCAGCAGGACGUGUCGCAGCUGAAGGAGUGGGCCUCGGGCCUGGGCGAGAAGCGGGCGAAGAUGGAGGAGAGCCUGUCGGCGCUGUCCGAGGCCGUGCGGGCCAUCGAGCAGCGCACGGGCGCCGUGACGAGCGACAUGGGCGCCAAGGUGGCGGCGGUGCGGACGGACGUGCGGCGCAUGGCCGGCCUGGAGGCGGAGGUGGAGGCGCUGCUGGAACAGGAGCGGGAGCUGGAGAUGAAGGUGGCGCUGGCGGAGAAGGCCACGGCGAGGCGCAUCGGCGACCUGCUGGCGGGCAGCAUCGACCGGGUGUCGGCGCUGAGGAGCGGGGCCGAGCGCGACGCCGAGAGCCUGGAGCGGCUGCGGCGGAGGCUCGCCGAGCUGGCCGCCACCGACAAGGAGCUGGCCGACCGCCUGCUGGCGCUGGAGGGUGGCCGCGCCCGCAUGCUGAAGACCCUCACCUUCGCCAGCGACCUCAAGCCCAAGGUGUCCACCAUCCGGAAGGACUUCGCCCUGCUGGACCCGCUGGUGUCCGACCUCACGCUCCGCAUCGGCAGGCUGGCCGAGGACAUGAUGAGGAGGGAGGAGGAGAUCGCCCAGCUCCGGGAGACCUUCGCUAACCUCACCGCCGUCCAGGGUGACCUGCGGGACGUCCAGCAGCAGCUCACUCAGGUCCCCGGCGUGGGUGAAAUGUUCCCUCGGACCAACCCGCCAGGGGAGUAG